AUGGGCAAGUUCUACACGAUCGGAGUGGCAUGCUUUGCUGCCACCGGUAGUUUUCUAUUCGGUUAUGACUCGGGUGUCAUGACCGAUGUCAUCGCAUCGCCGAACUUCCUCGAAUUCUUCGACACGACCAAAACAUCCUCGAUCAUCGGAGCGAUCAACAGCACCUUUUCUGGCGGAGCCGCUAUCGGAGCCCUGACGGCCGGUCUGACCAUCGAUCGGUUUGGACGAAAAGCGACCAUCCAGCUCGGCGCAUUGCUGGCCACCAUAGGCGCUAUCCUGCAGUGUGCCGCCAUGCAAUUGGCCAUGAUCCUGGUGGGUCGCAUCGUGGCCGGCUGGGCCGUUGGCACCAUGAGCAUGUCCGUUCCUGUUUACCAGGCCGAGUGCGCGCAUCCUAAAACACGAGGCUUCAUUGUUGGACUGGCACAGCAGAUGAUUGGCGUGGGUUUCAUCGUUAGCACAUGGAUCGGCUAUGGAUCUCUCCACGCCCCGGACGAUAAUAGCGUCCAGUGGAGAUUCCCCUUGGCCUUCCAAGGCCUGCCUUCGAUCAUGCUCUUUUUUGGCCUGUUUUGGCUGCCCGAAUCUCCGCGUCAUUUGAUAGAGAAGAAAAAGGAUGAGGAGGCCCUGCGUGUGCUGAAGCGACUUCAUUACGAUGGCACCAACGAGGACUGGAUCCAAUCCGAAUAUACCGAAAUCAAAGCCACCAUCGAUGCGGAGCGAGAAAUCACCGCGCCCGGAUGGCUGGUGAUGUUCCAGGUGCCUCAAUGGAGGACCCGGCUAUUCCAAGGCACUUUAGUCCAAGUCUUCACCCAAAUGACCGGCAUCAACGUCAUCAACUACUACCAAAACAUCAUGUACGAAAACCUCGGAAUCACCGGCAACCGCGCGACCCUUGUAACCGGCAUCUACAACGUGGUUGGCCCGCUCGCCAACCUGAUCUUCAUCACCUUCUUCCUCGACCGGGUCGGCCGCAAGAAGCCGCUCAUCUUCGGCGCCGCCGCCAUCACCAUCGCCCUGGUCUGCGAAGCGGCCCUCAACUCGCAGAACCUCGACGGCACGCGCACCAGCUACAGCAUCGGCGGCGUCUUCUUCCUCUUCUGCGUCACCUGCCUCUACUCCGUCUCCUUCGGCUCCAUCAGCUGGGUCUACAUGUCCGAGGUCAUGCCCAUGCAGAUCCGCGGCAAGGGGAACGCCUUCGCCACGGGCAUCGGGAACUGGGUCGUUAGUACGAUCUGGAGUCAGGUGUCGCCGAUUGCGUUGGAUAAGCUGGGGUGGAAGUUUUACUUCAUUUUUGCGUGUUUUAACGUCGUCGUGACCAUCCCCACCAUCUUCUUCUGGUUCAAAGAGACCAAGCAGAAGUCGCUGGAGGAGAUCGAUCUGCUCUUCGGCGGUAGGGCGCUCGGGAUGCUCAGUAACGAUCUGAACGAGAAGGGUCUGGAGGUGGACCAUCACUCGGCCGUGGAGCAGGUCGAGCAUGCGACUGAGAAGAAGGAAUAG